CAAUGCCCCAGCAGCCCCCUCUUUUUGGCCUUUUGUUUUUGAGCCAAGUCAUGUUGACUAUUAAGAGUGGUUAUAUUUUAUGUGGGUUGUGUAUCAACCAAUUGUGGCAUACUGGUUUGACUCUUUUGUUGAAUAAUCUUGGAAAAAGUAAUCAAAUAACUUCUGGACUACUUGGUCUGCCUGUCUCAUGAAAUAGGUUGCAGCUGUGCAUAGCAAAUACCAUGUUUAUGGCUGACAUGCUUAUCAUUACUUUGCAUCUUUGGGCUAUGUUAAUUUGCUAAACAAUUUUUGGUUUGUAAUUAAGUGGACGCUAGAACUGUGUCCUGUUAAUCUAUUGAGUAUAGAGUACAUAUAAUGCUACUUUGAUGCCCUUUUGUUUAUGUUGGUUCUGUCGUACAAAGAUAUCGCUGCUACUUGGUUACUUUGAUGCCCUUUUGUUUAUGUUGGUUCUGUCGUACAAAUAUAUCGCUGCUACUUUGUUAUAAUAUUUAUAUAUUCCAGAUUUUUGUGGAUGGUGAGAAUCGGAGGUGGGGUCUUCCCUGUAAUAAAAGAACCUGAUUAUCUUGUUAAUGGCGAGUACCGUGUUGACAAAGGGGCUGCUCCCAAGAUGUUGAACUGUCUCAUGUACAAAUUGUCUUAUUAUCGAUUUGGAGAGUUGACAACAGAAUAUGGCAAACCACCUGGGUAUGAUCGUGCAAGGGGGGUUGAAAUCGGAAACAAGGAUAUUAAACUUGAAUAUCUGGAAGAGGCUUUUACAACAUCUAAUUGGAUUGUUCGCAUUUACAAAGUUAAACCACCGAAUAAUAGAUGGGAACGAUGUUCCAUAUUUACCUUGGGUCCCCACUGUGCUGCGCUACCAUUUUCAGGCAAUGUUUCAUGGCUAGGUAGGAUCAACUUCUCUACGAACGCUGGGAUUGGAUGAAUGGAUUUAGGCAUUCCUCGAAUACUCCUUUAGAGUUGUCCAAAAUGUUAAGUCUGUGUUAGCUUGUUAUGGCCAUGUCCUGUCCUGUAGUUGAUUAUGGUCUUAUCCUGAAGUAGUGCUAUGCAAAACCUCGAGUAAAGUUGUGGAAUGAUACACAUACAGGAAUAAGACGUAUCUGUUCUCUUAAAAAUCCACAUUUCUUUGGGAUGAUGAUUAACA